UCACCGAGAGGUCGCCAUGGCAACUUUCUCAGCAAUCCUGCUGUCGGUGCUGGCGCUGGUGACGGCUGCCCAAGAGAUUCAGACACUUCAAGAUCUAUCCAACACGCUGCUCCUCAACCAGCUGGCAAUGUCCAACAUGCUGGCUGAACGCGACUCCGGAACCAGAGUAAUAAGAGAGUGGCUGAACGACCUGCAAUCAAACAUUACCUCCGAAAUAGCGGCUUUGCAGAACGUUGUUAAAGCUAAUGGUGUUCCCCAAGAUGCUGGUAAAGGGGUCGUGGAGUGCAUGACACCGUUUGUGGACGUGUAUGGUCACUGUAUCUUGGUGGAGACGGCAAUGACGGGAUCUUGGGAAACAAUGAGACGUCACUGUCAGCAGAAGGGCGGCGAGAUUGUCAAGGUUGACUGUGGCAACUUCAUGUAUUACCUCGUCAGGUACCUUCACAGUAACGGUCUGGCUAAGUUGUCUUACUGGGUCGGUGGGAGAGAUGAAGGCCACGAGGGAUCUUACUUCUGGACUGAUGGUACCCAGGUCAAGAUGGGAACCCCCUUUUGGGGUGACGGCAUUACUGACAAUAUUCAGGAGCCCGACGGAGGAACCGAUCAAAACUGCAUGAUGAUGUACAAUGAAGAUCAUUAUUUUUUCUUCGAUUUUGUUUGCAGUGGCAGCCUUGCAGUUAUUUGUGAGAACCUGAAAUUGUCCUAGGAACAAUACCUGUCUUCUGUCUUUGAAGUAUCAGGUGCUUUAUGUCCUUGGAGUAACACCUGCCUCAUGACCUUGGAGUAACACUUGCUCCAUGUCCUAGCACUAACACCUGACUUGCGUCCCUCGAGUAGCACCUCCGAGGCCUGGCAGGUCAUCACUAGGACCGAAUGUGUAACCUGGAGCAUUUAUCUAAUUCAAUAUGUAAUGAUAACGUGAUAAAGUGAUGAGCUCUUUGAUUCAUAUGAUAAAUUAUAAUAUACAUGAUUAAUGAGAAAAUAAUUUGAGGUUCCUACAACUUGAAUUGCACAUGAGCACUCCUCC